GUCCCCUGCCAGCCCUAGGUCGGGUUUCGUGACUUGGACUUGGUCCCCCCCUUACGCUGCAGCACUGGCAGCGUGGAAUCGGCGUGCCCCUGCUCAGAUCGCGCCCCCAUAAAAAAUUGCAAAUUAAAAUCAAAUCAAAUGGCAGAGGCACAACAGGAACAGCCACAGGCUCAUCAACCUCAGCCUGAACCCGUCAUUGCCGCCGCUCAAGAACUAGCCCAUGUCCUCCCACAUCAAUCACCGGUCAAGCCUUUACUAUCAGGAGCUACAGCAGAGAAGGAAAUUAUACAACAAGGGGCGCAGGGGCAGGUACGGGUAGAGGCACACGUCACGACAUCUCAAGGGCCAGAUGCCAAUUCUUUGGAUCUCGCACGCGCACCAACACCAAAUUUACAAGUCGCGAAUAAUGCAACGACCACAGUAGCAGUUGCCCACGCGCAGGAGCCGGAGCCGGCACAACAACAGGAACAAGGACUGGGGCAGGGGCAUCAGUCUUCCCAACAAUUAACCUCGAAUCGGUCUACCGACGACAUCAAUUCCACUUCCACGCCAGCAAUCGCCUCACCUGUGACUGUUUCCAAGACGGCUACUGUCGUUGUCGACCAGGCCACCCCGCCCCCGGCGAUAGCGACCAUUGACGGAGUUCAGUCUGACCAGCAGCAGAAGCCAGUGCAGGACGGCUGUGUUGCGCCAUCGUCGUCGGAUGCCAUGUCGAACAACCCGUCUCACCAUCCAUCGGGGCCUCCUCGACAGCCCCCAACCUACCAAAAUCCGGCAGCAUAUACAACGCCAGGCAUGAGCGGCGCACAAUAUGGAUAUGCAAAUGCAGCAGGUCAAGCGCCGGACACGUACCGGACAGCAUUACCAAGUAUGCGCACAUUUGACCCAGUUCAACAACAAGCUCAACAGCAGCAGCACAUGGCGAUGGCGAUGCCUGUCAAUCCUAUCCCAUCGGUCCCCUCGAUGCCACCACAGCAGCAUAUGCCCUACUUUGGGCAACAGCCACUUCCUAUGACUGCGAGCAACCCGUAUGCCCUACCCCCAGACUCCUUAAGACCGCAGUAUGCUUUACCACCUAGCGAUCCUACGAGUGUACUGAGUGGGCGACAAAAAAAGUGCGAUGAGCAACACCCGAUCUGCAAAAAUUGCCAAAAAUCGAAGCGCGAAUGUCUCGGGUACGAUCCCAUCUUUAAAAACCAACAACAACAGCAUCCUACCAAUAUUCGACCCGCCCCAAAUAACAGUCCUGGUUCUUCCACCCCUGUACCGUCAAGCCGACCUGCCACGACCUCCGCCUCCGGAUCUAGCAUCAUACCAACCCAUAGUACCCAGAGUCAGACGCAAACUCCCUACUCAACACUCCCCCCGGUACAGGGACAAGCGCAUCAGCGGUCAAAGGUGAACCGCUCGAAUAUCCAGCCGUUAUUGAUCCUACCUUGGACAACGUUCUGAGUGCUUCGAAUGAAGGUCCACGAGCUUGUGGGCAUGAGUGGCACGGUCCCUCCCGCCCUCGAUUCUCCUCUGACCAGCGAACGAUUAGCAGAAGUCCGAGACUUAUACGACCAGGUAUAUGCCCCCGGCUUAGAGAAGUUUUUCGAAACAGAAUGGUAUACGAAGCCCCAAGGUGUUAGUGCUUUGA